CCAGUUCAUUUGCCGAACGAAGCCUCCUAGUCAAGUCUAUAUCUUCCAACCGCCGCUUCUUUUGCUCUGCUCUCCUCCCCCUGCAGAGAAAAAGCUCGACCGAGACUCAUCAAUGGAGUCCGUAUCUAGAACAUUCCACUCGUCAAACUUCUCACUCUCCUCUCCCUUCUCCAUCUCUUCACCUUCUCUUCGCCUAAACCCUUCCUCUAAAACCCUCAUCUCCCUACGCUCCUUACCUAAACCCCGUCUUUCCAUCCACUGCUCCCACAAGCCUCCCCAACCCGUACCCAAAAUUUCAACUCCGAAACUAAUUCCUUCCAUCCUCGCUGCCGCCGCUACCUGCGCUGGCUUACUCCUUGUUCGAUUUCGUUUCCCUCCCAGCGCCAUCGCCGCCAUAGUCUCCCCGGCCCCUGCGGCGACUGUUGAAUCCUUCGACACGGACCAAGCACUCUCUGACGAGGAGAAGGAACGCAAACUGGAAGAGCACCUUGAUUCUAAUCCCGACGACGGCCGCUCCCUGCGCGCGCUCAUGGAGCUGAAGGUCAAGGCCGGGAAGUUUCAAGAUGCGAUUGCCGCUGUCGAUCGCCUUAUACAGCGGGAGCCUGGCGAGAAAGAGCUCCUCCUCCUGAAGGCUCACCUUCAAAGCUACAGUGGGGAUGCUGAGUCUGCGAGGCAAGGGUUUGAGGAUAUAUUGGCUGAAGACCCCUUGCUCGUGGAGGCUUACCAUGGACUGGUUAUGACACAGAGAGAGGUAGAGGGCGAUUUGAAUGCGAUACUGAAAAGAGUCGAAUCUGCCUUGGAGACGUGCAAAAAGCUGAAGAGGAAGGAGGACGUGAGGGAUUUUAAGUUGCUCAUUGCUCAGAUUAAGGUUAUUGAGGACAAGUAUGAGGAGGCGUUGAAGAUUUACCAGGAAUUGGUGAGGCAGGAACCGCGGGAUUUCCGGCCUUAUUUGUGCCAAGGAAUUAUAUACACGUUGCUGCGGAAGAAGGAAGAGGCAGAGAAGCAAUUCGAGAAGUACAGAAGGCUAGUUCCUAGAGAUCAUCCUUAUUCACGAUAUUUUGAUGAUAAUAUGAUUUCAAUGAAGGUCUUUUCCCAAAUGGAGGAGAAUAAGAGGAAAGAGUCUUUGAAGAUUUAAAGAGUUCAUCGGUAAAUAAUCUCCUCAUAAUGUAGUAUGGUAGAAAUGCAAGUUAACGAUUUUAACUAUUUUAGAAGUAGUAGUUCAUGCCUUCGUUCACUCAGGUUUUUAUAUGUUAUCAUGUUCUUUGAAUGUCAUAUGGGUGUUCUAUCCCGCUUUUAAUGGCGAUGAAGUUUAUGAAAGGAUUUUAUGGCUUUGUGAUCUAUCUGAUUUUUCCAUCA